AUGACUGAGUUUGAAGGCUACGGCAAAAUUAGCGAAAGUAGCAGCCAUUGGAUUCUAGAUAAAACUGAUAACACAACAUUCAAACGAACAUUAUGGUGCGUAACAGAAAAGAUCCAUGGUGCUAAUUUCUGUUUUUUCUGUGAUAACAACGGUCAACGUGUUCGAUGUGGCAAACGAACAGGUUUAUUAGAUGACGCAGAUGAUUUCUUCGGUUACAAACGUCGAUUGUUCAACGAGAUUACGCCAAAAAUCCAACAACUAUAUGAAUUUAUUCGAAAUGAUCAUCCCAAUCUCGACAAAAUGUAUGUUUUUGGCGAAAUCUUUGGUGGUGCAUAUCCACAUCCCGAUGUACCAAAAGUGCCUCAUGUUACUGCAGUACAAACUGGUAUUUGGUAUUGUCCUGAUAUUGAAUUUUGUGCAUUUGACUUGGCCAUCUCGAUCGCUAAUAAACAAAUCUACAUGGAUUAUCAAGAUGCGAUUGCUGCUUUUCAGCACGUCAAUUUAUUCCAUGCCGAACCAUUGUUCAUUGGUAAAUAUGAAGAAGCCAUCGAAUAUAAACUUGGUUUCAAUUCUACAGCUCCGAUGAGACUUGGUCUUCCAUCAUUAUCCGAAACGAAUAAAGCCGAAGGGAUCGUGAUUAAGCCUAUGCACGAAAUUCUCGUUAAAACAAGCAAAGGUUCUUUGGUUCGUGCGAUUGUUAAGAGAAAGAUCGAAGAGUUUUCCGAAGAAAAAUAUAGUCAAGCACAAAAGCAAGAAGUAAAAAAUGAUGGAGAGCUUUCCAAUAUUGAUUUAUUACGAUUUGAAAUCGAUGCAUUAAUUACAGAGAAUCGGUUGAACAACGCACUUAGCAAAAUUGGACAUGUAACAGCGAAUGACAAAGAAAAAGCCAAAGAGCUAUUGAAUCUAUACAGAAAAGAUGUAAUAGAUCAAUUAAUCGAAAAUGGAAACGAAGAUAUGUGGACAAGUUUAACAGCAAAUGAACGUGAUGUUUUGACUGAAGAAAUAACUCAUAGUUCGAAGAGAAUUAUUAUAGAAUAUUUAAAACAGAAUAAAUAA